CUAAAAUCCAACAGCCCCAUGGAGAAGACCCCAGGUAACCGCAGGCACAGCUCCAGUACCUGUGAAGGUGUUCUGAAGGGCAUCCAAAGCCUUCUGUUCCUUUGUGCCACUCGUGGGUGCCAAGGAGGCCCCACCCACUGAGGUAGGUGUGGGAAACAUUCCUGUUCCCCCUGGAAAUAACACGUAAGUCCCGAGUGUCAGGGCUGCGUGGCCAAAAAACCAAGAGAGGGGAAACCAGGCAAUAAGAGCGAGCCUCCAGGGGACCCAGAGUUUGGCUAUAAGCACUUUAAAAAAGCUUAUGAUUAUUAAGUUCACAAAAAUAGAUGAGUCAUUUCACCAGAGAGUUAUAAUUUGUUUUAAAAAAGUCAAAUGGCCAUUCUAGAAUUGAAAAUAUGUAACUGAAAUGAAGAGUUCAGGGGUUGGGCUUAGCAGAAAGCACGAUUAGUGAGCUAGAAAAUGGGUCAAGAGAAAUUAUUCUAAGUGCAGAACAAUGCACUUAGAAUAGAAUAGAAAAGUACAGAAAAGGGGCAUCUAGGUGGCUCGGUAGGUUAAGCGUCUGACUCUUGAUUUGGGCUCAGGUCAUGAUCUCACGGUUCCUGAGUUCGAGCCCCACGCAGGGCUCUGUGUUGACAUUGUGGAGCCUGCUUGGGAUUCUCCGUCUCCCUCUCUCUCUGCCCCUGCCCUGCUCUCUCUCUCUCUCUCUCAUUCUCUCUCAAAAUAAAUAAACAGUUUUUUAAAAGUUAAAGAAAACAGAAAAAAGCAUAAAAUAAGAGACUUAUGAGAACUGGUGAAAAUUUGUAACACAUGUGAAAUGAGAAUUUAAGAAGGAAAAGCAAGAAAUAAUGAAGCUGAAGUGAUAGCUCAAGAGUUAAUGGCUAAGAAUUUUGCGUCCUGAUAAAAAAAAUAACCAUCAAGCAACAGAUUUUAAAAGCUCUGAGAAUGCCAAAGGGAAUGAAUAUAAAGAAAACCACUUCUAGGAACACUGCCACAAAAUAGUUUAAAACCACACAGGGAACAUUUUUUUUUUUUUAAUGUUUAUUUAGUCUUGAGAGCGAGAGACAGAGAGAGACAGAGCAUGAGCAGGGGAUGGGCAGAGAGGGAGGGAGACACAGAAUCCGAAGCAGGCUCCAGGCUCUGAGCCGUCAGCACAGAGUCCGAUGUGGGGCUCGAACCCACAAACUGCGAGAUCAUGACCUGAGCCGAAGUUGGACAUUUAACUGACCGAGCCAUCCAGGUACCCCUGGAAUCCCCACCCUAUUAAUAUAAAGAGGGAAAAAAAUCAUAUUAUCAUCUCAACAGAUACAGAAAAAAAAAAAAGAUAAAAUCCAACAGUCAUUCCUGAUUACAAAAUAAAAUCCCAGCACACCAGGGAUGGAGAGAACAUCUCCAUAUGACAAAGAGAAGCCCCCCCGCAAACUCACAGGGAACAACCUGUUCGAUGCGGACAUCGUGACAGAUUUCCCAGCCCCCAGCUCGUGAAUGGACGGCUUUCCGGGUCACCACUUCUAUUGCCCAUCGUACUGGGUGUUCCAUCCUGUGCAUGUCCUAUCCAGGCAAGAGAAAGGACCUGAAAGUCAGAAAGGAAACUCAUUUUACAUAGAUCUUACUUUGUACCUACAGGGUCCUAAAAUGCUUAUUGCAAAAAUUUGGGGCUUUCUGUAUGUAAUACUUGAACAAGAUGCUUCGGAUGACAAGGGCAGGGAAGGACGUUGGGGAGGUGAAAAUCACAUUAGGUCUGAAGCGGGGAGGCCGCAUGCUCAUAUCUGGGUGUUAGAAAGACCCUCCUGGCACCCUCAUGGAGGCUGGAGGAGGCUUGAGGGACAGAAAGGUGAGCAGGAGGCUGGUGAGGAAUCGGGGAGGACAGCAGGUGUAGCUGGCUGCUUGUCGGGUGGACAGGAGGGAUGGGAACCGGCAGCAGGAGACCAAAAUUUCAGUUCAGGGCGUCAGGUGGAGAUGUGGUGCAGAGAGGUCAGGAGGGGACUUAUGCUGGGAACAGAGAUUUCGGAAGGGCAGGGAUUUCUGGAUGGGGACGGGCAUAUCCUCAGCGUACAUCCUUCCCACCGGCUUCUCCCAGGGAAGAUUUCCCUAGCCACUGCCACCUCCACCAAGAAACCACCCACGAAACGGACCAGAUGGAACUUGUUGAAAUGCACUUAUAUGAUGGUCACCUUCCUGUUUGUGUCCUACAACAAAGGAGACUGGCAGGUCCCUUGCUGGAUGCCGGGACUACAAGACCCCACAAGGUCCCUGGACCCCACAAGCUCACAGGACAGGGGCAGGACAGAAACAAAACAAACAGUGAGCUCCAGGAAAGGAAGCGAAUCAGGGGAUCUGUCAGAGCACCCAAAGCGGUGGGCUGCUUUACUGGUAAAGGCGAGCUGAGCUGGCGGAAGCGGCCUGCCUUGAGAGCUGCAGGGACAGCCGUCCUGAGCAAAGGGAACAUGCGAGGCAAAGACCCCGAGGCUGA